AUGGAAGCCAAAAACUUGAAAAACUCUUCAUCCUCUCGAUCCCCUGCCCGGAAAGAAACCCGAGCUGACCAAGGACCAAAAAGGUAUGCUUGUCGUUACUGUCCCCUGACCUUCUCCACGGCCAUGGCGCUGGGGGGACAUCAGAAUGGGCACAAGAGUGUCAGGGCUUCAACCAAGAAGCCUGAAACUCCUGUGCCUCCGCCCCAACCCUGUGGAUUUUGUGAUCAGUGGAGAAACUUGGCUCUGGACCAAAUGACAAACAAUUUCAGGCCCAGAGAACCACACCAGCUUGCUGUGCCCUCUCCUCCCAUGCGUCUCCGAAACUUCCUUGGAGGCUCUUCUGCUGAAGAAACAACUCCAGAUGCAAGUGCGGGAAGGGUCAAUGUCAUCAAUGUGGAAGAUGAUGAAGAUGAUGUGCCGGAGCUUGAUUUGGAUCUUAAGCUUUAG